AUGUAUCGUGCAUUAUUAAAACUUCAUAUUCAUCUUAAAAAUCGUGUACUUGAUUUAUCAUAUUCAUAUGGAUUUUUUGUUGCUGAUCAUUCACUUUAUGUUAUUCUAAUUUGUUUUGGUAUAUUUCUUCUUAGUUUAUUUCAAAUAACUACGAAUGUUCCACCACCUGGUAGUACAUUAGAAAUAUUUGCUGAAUCAUCAAAAUCAUUUAGACCUGUACGUGCACGAUUAGAAUUAAAUACAAGUGAUCAAUUACAUGACAAACAACCAGAUAAACCAUUAUGGUAUUCUGGUUAUCCACUUGCUUAUGUUCAACAUAUUGUUAUACGAUGUUCAUCAUUAACAUCUCGUAGAUCAUGUCUUUUACGUGCACGUGAUAUACGUGAUCGUCUUUUUUCUGAUCAACAAUUUGAUACAAAUUGUUUACGUGUUGGUGAACCAAUAAAUGCCCAACAAAUGAUAUCAUAUUUACCAUCAUUUGGUUGUCUUUUACUUUCACCAUUAAAUUUAUGGUCAAAUGAUAUAUUAAAUAUAAAAAAUAAUGAACGUGAAAUUCUUGAAACAAUUUCAUCAUUAUCAAAACGUUAUAUAGAUAUUAUAUUUGGUAUUCCACAAGAAUAUUUUUCAUCAAAUAAACCAUUCACAUAUGCUAUAACAUUAUUAUUAAAUAAUGCAUCAAAUGAAUAUCGACAAGAUUUAAAAAAACGUUUAUUUGCAUUUGAUGAACAACAACAAGAUGAUAUUAUACAUAUUUAUUUUUCAAGAAAAUCUCUUCUUUAUUAUUUACCAUUAGUACUUAUUUAUAUUGUUGUUUUUCUUUAUAUUUAUUAUUCAGUUAGUCAAUUUGAAUGUGUAAAAUCUAAAUGGGGUCUUGCAUUAGCAGCAACAGUACAAAUUGUUGUUUCAUUAUUAAUAUCAUUAGCAUUAUCAUCAUUAUUUCAUAUGACACCACGUCUUGAUGGUGGUGAAGUAUUUCCAUAUUUAGUUAUAUUUAUUGGUUUAGAAAAUUUAGUUGUAUUAACACGUGCAGUUACAUCAUUACAAGCACAAAAACAAUAUGAUGAUAUACGUGAACGUGUUGCACAUGCACUUCGUGCUGAAUCAUGGACAAUAUCAAAACAUUUAGUUUAUGAAUUAAUUAUUGUUAUGAUUGGUUUUAUAACAUAUGUUCCAACUGUAAGAGAAUUUUGUCAAUUAGCAUUAAUUGGUAUAUUAAUUGAUUUUUUAAUGCAAAUUAAUUUUUGGUUAGCAGUUUUAAGUAUUGAUAUACGAAGAUUUACUGUUGGUGUUGGUAAAAAAAAAAAUCGAAAUUUAGAACAAGAAAAAAAAGAAAUUAAAGUAUCAUUACCAAUAAGAAUGCCUUAUUUAAUAAAUAGACGACAACAACAACAACAACAAUCUCAAUGGGCACGUUAUAGAGUUUUACAACGAGGAAGUAUGUUUAUUGUUCUUAUUUGGUUUAUUCUUAUUUUUUAUAAAUCAUGUUUAAUUGUUGAUUUACUUCAUAAAAAUGUACAAAUAAAUCGAGAUCAAAUUAAAGAUUUUGUUCCAGAAAAAAUGCUUAAUGAACAUUAUGGUUCAUCAUUUAAUAAUCAACAUGAUUUAAAUAAUAAUAUCGAAGAUCAAAUAAUAAAUAAUGUAUCUUUACCAAAUUAUGAAUGGCAAACAUUAUUAUCAUAUGAUCAUUGGUCAACAUUAUUUUCUUUUUAUAAUAUUUCAUAUGAUAAUCGUUAUUUAACUAUAAUGCCAUCAAUUUAUUUACCAAUUAUUUCUUCUGAAGAUCAAAAAUUAGAUAUGAAAACAAAAGCUUAUUAUAAAGCAUCACAUCGACCAUUACUUGAUGUAACUCUACCAAGUACAACUAAUUUAUUGAUUGAUCGUCGAUUUUCAACAGCUUUAUGGGAACUUUUUUUUCUUGUUCUAUUUGGUUUAACAUUAUUUAGUAUUGUUUAUUUUUGGUUUUUUUCAUCAUCAUUAAAUUUAAAUCAUAAUCGAAUAUUAUCUUGUAUAAAAAGUGAUUAUUCAAUUGUACCAACAAUAUUAAUACCACCAUCAUCAACAUUAUUAAUUGAAUCAAUGUGUAUACAUGAAAAUGGUACAGUUGUUUGUGUAGCAUAUUCCGAUGGUUCAAUAUGUAUGUGGAAUCCUCAAACAGGUGGUAUUAUUUUAACACAACAAAGAUAUUCAAUAAUAUCAAUUGAAAAAUCUAUCAAUCAUGUUUGGUGUUCAUUAAUGAUUGAUGAAAAUCGAUGUUUAUUUGGUUGUUCAGAUGGUCAAAUAGAAAUUUAUCCAAAUAAUUCAUUAUCAAAAAAUUUAAUAUUAUAUCAUCAUGAUCUUGGUGGUAUAACACAUCUUAUACGAGCAUCAUCAACAAUUAUUAUAAGUACAACACGUCGUGGUUAUUUAAUUGCAUUUGAAUAUAUAAAUGGUUUAAUAAAACAAAUUUAUAUAAAAAGAUUACAUCAAUGGCCAAUACGUGUUUGUCGUAUUGAUUAUAAUUCUUCACUUAUAUUUACUGGUAGUGAUGAUCAUUCAAUUAAAGUAACAAAUAUUUCAAAUGGUUUAUGUUUACAUACUUUACAAAAACAUCAAUCACCUAUUAAUUGUCUUGCUCUUGAUCCAUAUCAUCCAACAACAUUAGUAAGUGGUUGUUUUAAUGGAACAUUAUGUGUUUGGAAAGGAAAUGAUCUUAUUCAAACAAAUAUCAAUGCACAUCCAUUAUCAAUAAUAAUUGAUUUAAAUUUUUGUGGUCAUUCAUCAAAUAUAAUAAGUCUUGGUACAGAUAAACGUUUAUGUAUAUGGACAUAUUCAAAUUUACAACUUCUUUAUGAAUUAAAUGAUAUAACAUCAAAUUGUUUUAUAAUAUAUCGUAUAAAUUAUUUAUUUUAUACAAAAUUAAAUUCACUUUAUAUAUAUGAUACAUUUAAUCAAACAAAAAUAUCAACAAAACAAUUUUUAAUUCCAUUUUUAAAUAAUAUUAAUCAAGAUGAAAAUGAAAUGAUUAUUGAAAAAUUUAUUUAUUCAUCACAAACAGAAACAUUAAUAUUACAAAAUUCGGAUGUUAUCUAUGCAAUGCACUUACCACAACGUUUUUUUCUUGACCGUAUAUUGGAAAGAAGACACGGUCAUGACGAUGGCAACUAUCAAAGUUUGUCGUCAUUGAUAUUUCAUCCACCAACAACACCCAAUCUUCUGACUUAUUUUCAAUCAAGAGAUCAAGCAAUCACUCCUCAUUUAAUAGAUAAUCAUUUGAAAUCAUCAAAUGUUGCUGUAACUGGUAUAUCAUCAUCAUCAUCGUGUUCAUCAUAUCCGAAACAAAUAUCAUCUUCAUCUCCAAUUCCAUUUCAACCAUAUCUUAUAACUCCAUAUCAUACACAAAAUACACCACCUUAUUCAUCAUCAAUGUCGAAUUCAACAAAUACAACUCAAAUAUCAACAUCUCGUAAACGUAAACAACCAAUGAAUGAUACAUCAUCAUUUCUUACACCUUCAAUACCAGCUAAACGAUCAACUCCUUUAGCAAUGUUUUUUCAAAAAGUAACACCAUUGGACGGUUCAGUUAUGAUGUUUGUUAACAAUAGUAAAAUAACUCAAACUGAACCUUCAUUCUCAAUGUUUACAUCUAGUCAUCAUCAUCUUGAUAUUGAACAACAAAAAUUAACAGUUGAAAUUGAAGAAUUACGUCGUACAAAAUCUGAUACACAACGUCAAUAUGAAUCAACUGUUGAAACAAUAAAACGUUGUCUUGUUAUGACACGUUCAUUAUUAAUUGAAAAAUCUCAAUUAGAAAAAAAAGAAGCACGAGAAAAAUCAAUGGAAAAUCGUUUACGUCUUGGUCAAUUUGUUACACAAAGACAAGGUACAUCAUUUGUUGAACAAUGGGUUGAUGGUUAUGAUUUUUUGGAUAAACAACGUUCACAAGAACAAUUAGCACGUGCUAAAGAAAAUCUUGAUCGUGAACGAAAAACUUUAACUAAAAAGAAAACAUUUUUACAACAACAACAUCAACAACAAUUAAUGAUGACAACUAUAGCAGAUGAAACAAUGAUUAUGAAUAAUAGUUCGAAUUAUCAAGAUUUUAAUAAUCCGGUGUUUGUACCACCAACGAAAUCUAAACGAACAAAUAGACCUUCAACUCUCAAAACGUCCACUAGUCAACAAAAACUUCAACCAAUAUCAUCGCCAUCACUCAUUGUAACAUUUAAUAAUAAUAACAAUAAUAAUAAUAAUAAUAAUAAUAAUAAUAAUAAUCCAUUAAUGGGUUCAUCAUCAUUUAUUGGACAUCAACAAAUUCAAGCACUUUCUGAUAAUUCAAAUGAUGGUCAUUAUUUAUAUUCUAGUGAUAAUAAUCCACCUAUUGAUAGUGGAAAUUCAUCAUCAUCAUCAUCAUCUCUUAUUUCAAAUUUUUCAUCAUCUAUUAUGACAUUACAAGAUUGGUAUGAAUAUGAUGAAGUACUUCGUCUUCGACAAUUAACACUUAAACGUGAAGAAUGUGAUUUAGCACAAGAUUUAGAAAAACUUGAUCGUGAACGAAAUGUUCAUAUAAGAGAAUUAAAACGUUUAUAUAAUGAAGAUCAUUCAAGAUUUAAUAAAAAUAAUAUACUUAAUGAAAGAUAUUUAUUAUUAACAUUGAUUGGUAAAGGUGGUUUUAGUGAAGUACAUCGUGCAUUUGAUUUACGUGAACAACGUUAUGUUGCAUGUAAAAUUCAUCAAUUAAAUAAAGAAUGGAAAGAUGAAAAAAAAGUUAAUUAUAUUAAACAUGCUGUUAGAGAAUAUAAUAUACAUAAACAUUUAGAACAUAAACGUAUUGUUAAAUUAUUUGAUGUAUUUGAAAUCGAUACAAAUUCAUUUUGUACAGUUUUGGAAUAUUGUAAUGGAAAUGAUUUAGAUUUUUUUCUUAAACAAAAUAAAACAAUUCCAGAAAAAGAAGCACGUUCAAUCAUAAUGCAAACACUCAAUGCAUUGAAAUAUCUUAAUUCAGAAAUCAAACCACCUGUGAUUCAUUAUGAUUUAAAACCAGGUAAUGUUCUUUUGGGAAGAGGAAAUAAUAGUGGUGAAAUCAAAAUAACUGAUUUUGGUUUAUCUAAACAAAUGCAUGAAGAUACAUUUGAUGCUGAUGAUGGAAUGGAUCUUACAUCUCAAGGUGCUGGUACUUAUUGGUAUCUACCACCAGAAGUAUUUGUUCAAGGUCCUAAUCCUCCUAAGAUUUCAUCCAAAGUUGAUGUUUGGAGUGUUGGCUGUAUUUUUUAUCAAUGUUUAUAUGGUCGAAAACCAUAUGGUCAUAAUUUAUCUCAAGCAGCUAUAUUAGAAAAUCAAACAAUUUUAAAUGCUAAAGAAAUUCAGUUUCCUAAUCGACCACAAGUAUCUAAUGAAGCCAAAUCAUUUAUUCGUCGAUGUUUAACUUAUCAAGCACGAGAUCGUCCCGAUGUUUUGCAAUUAAGUGAAGAUGAAUAUUUAAAAUCUUAUCCAAAACGUACAACAGCCACAACUUCUUCGCCUCUUUUUUGUCCUAAAUAA